AUGGCGUCGCGAGAAUCCGCGGGGACGGUCCGCCCGCGUUCCCGUCGCUCCAUCGCCCAUAUGCCUAAGACGAGCGCUGGCGUGGGCAAGGAGAAUGCUACCACUGAUGUUGGCAGGAUUCGAAAUGGUACGAGCAAUGGAAGGUCAUUGUCCAAAGACAAGAAAUCGCGCAGCAAGAGUCUUGGCCCUGGUGGCCUGGAUGCGUUACAGGACUCCAACGGCAACCGGCGCAAGUCGACCGCCGUCCUGCCUCUUAAAUCCAUUCUCAAACCUACCAUUCCUGUUUCCCCUAUUCAACAGAUCCCAUCAUUCGAAGAAUCGCGCAAGCGAAAUUCAAGUCGCAGCCCUUCUCCGAGCAAAUCAAGAAAUGGCGCCAAUGCAGGAAACCAACAAGCGCAGGAGGGACUGCUAAUUGAUUUCUCGACCCCAACGCGCGCCCCUGCGACGGGCAAUGAUAAACUCGACAAUCCUUUUGAUUCCUUCAAUGCCUCAUCGGCAAUCCGCGACGCGAAGGAACGCGAGGAAAGAGAGCGGAGGGAACGGGAAAGACAGGCUAUUAUCGAGCAAAGAGAAGCGCGUCGGAAAUCUAUGGCCAAUCGAAGAGUUUCGUUUGCGCCCGAAGCCACAUUGCACACAUGGAAUGUUGUCGAGCUGGGUGAAGACUCUACCUCAUCCUCUGCAUCAAACUCAACAAGGCGCGCAUCUUCCUUGAGCAAUUCAAGCGACGAAGCCCCAUCUCGUGAAUUGGAUGUUGAACCGCCGUCGACACCGGACGGGGAGGACGAUCCAGAUGCUGCAUUUUCGCCAGUGCCGCACCAUGGUCUGCACGAGCAAGCUGGGGAUCUGUCGUCGAGCCCUUUCAGCGGCAGUUCAACGGCAGGCAGUGAGGAAACUGGAACGCAGACUCCGGUCAGAGAGGGCGGGGAUGGCGAAUCCGAAUCAGACAAUGAUUUCGACGGUGAAAGCACCGCGAUGAGCCUGGAUGAUGUCACCAGUCGGACAAACGCUACCUCUCGUUCAGAUGGUUCGAGUACUAGUUCCAGUGAGCGGUUGAACGCGGCACUGCGUCAAGCAGCACAAGCAGCUGGGAAAAACGCCAUUGAGGUUGACGAGGAUGGUGAGAUGUCGAUGGAAAUAGCUGACCAAGAGAUUACUGGCGCUUUUCAGCCGUGGAUUAAGAAAGGGGAGAGGAUCAGUUUCGAUAUGGAGGACCUGAGCGCAUUACAGGACCAGGAGAAUAUCAAUCUCUUCCAGCAGCAGGAACGGAGCAACGAUCAUAACGACUAUGAUAAUAACGAUGAUGACAUCGAAAAUGAAGAACUCAGCAUGGACAUCACAAACGCGGUUGGGCGCAUAUUGGGUAAGGAUUCCAGCCGUCGCCAGAGUGCUGAUCGUCGAAAGUCUGUGGGGGAAGAAACAAAUUAUGAUGAGAAGACAAUGGAAUUCACAAAUGUUGUUGGAGGGAUUAAAGAGCAAGCAUCCCCUGCCAAAUCAGACGCUGAUAGCAAUGUGAACGAGAAUGAGGAAAUGACCAUGGAAUUCACAUCGGUUGUUGGAGGUGUUCUCAGCAAGCAACCGUCGAGCUCACAAGUUCAGCAACCAACAAGUACUGGCCCAAACUAUUCUGAAUGGGGCACUGAUGAAGACGAUGGAGAAGAGAUGGAUAUGGAAUUCACUGGAGCUGUUGGUGGUAUUCUUCCCCCUAUUGAGGAGCGGACAGAGCCUCAGGACGACCAAACGGCUGGUAUGGAUAUAACAACAGCGAUGGGCAGGAUUCUGCCACCUGGGCUUCAAACGGAGAACAAACAGCAGGCCAAAGAGCUCAUGGAACUUGAGUCUGAUGCUGGCCAAGUGGCCAGUUCACCCUUCCAAGAACAGGUUCCCCCAUCACCUCCUAAGCUGCCGCCAUCACACCAUGUGGCUCCAGUGGCUUCUGAAAGUGGAAGUCCUAGCCUAGCCAGUGUCAGAUCACGACGCACGAGGAGAAGCUCUGAACGCCGUCCAUCAACCACGCCCACUUCGCCUUCACGACAGACCACGCCGCUCAGGAAACCCUCGACCCCCUCAAAGCAGCUGACUCCUCAACCUCUUCGGCCUUCGACCCCUGGAAAGACUCCUCCUUCAAGCAACGUGACUUUCAGAAGUGCGUCGCCUAAGAAACUUUUCAGGCAAGAGAUUCAAGAGUCAGCAAGCAAGUCUCGCUCUCCAGCACGCGGAAACCUUUUUGAGAGUGAUGCAAAAACUGGGGAGUCGACACCAGCCUUCAUUUUGCGCCCACAUCCGAGACGUUCAUCUGGCUUGGGGAUUGACAAAGAAGGUCUUGGAUCACCUCGUGUUGCUGCUAUGCUUGAUCGUCGUCGAUCUAUUGGCGAGAACGCCCAAGAGUUCGUUCCCCAAGGGCAGCCUCCCAGGCAACUUCGCUUCGACGACCCUGUGAAGAUCCAAGAGGAAGUUGAUCGUGAACGAGAGGAGGAGGAGAACCGAGAGGAUGGUCACAUCCCGCCACCUCAGCUGAAUGAUCGAGAUGCAACAUCGAACUUAAAGGAGCUUAUUUCUAGUCUGACUCCGAAGAAAAAGAAGGUGGGCGGUCGUAAGAGUCUACAUGUUGGAGCUGCUAAGGGCUUGCUUGGGAAACGACCGCCUGAGCUUGAUCAGAGUGAUGACGAGGAAGACAACUCACCUAAACGACUCCGAGGCCGUGAUGCUAGUCCUGUAAAGAGCGUCAAACUCCCUGCACCGCCUUCGAAGGAGGAAACAGUGGGACGGAGAACACGGGCGUCAACAAGUAGACUCUCCGAAUCGUCACCAGAAAAGAGCGGCAGCUUCACUCCAAAGGAACAGAAUCCAAGUGAGGAAGUUAGGAGCCCUUCAAAGGGCGAGGGAGAUGCUGAGGAGCCUCCUACAGCGCCAGGCCCUGAUGCAGAAAAUGGAGAGGCAGAAAAUGUUGAACCGGAGUGGGAGCCAAUUCAUCUACAGGAUUUCUUAAACAUGACAAAUAUACAUUUCAUGGAGCUCACCACUACGAAGCGACGGCAUACGACGGCUCCCGGUAAUGAUCAGAAAGCGUCGGGACAUGCUGAUGCUGGAGACAACCCUGGAAAGGGAGCUGUCAGUCUUGAAGACUGUGUAGCGGCCGGCUUCUGCACAAUCCCGAUGCUCGAACUGUAUCAGCAUUCCUGCCGUGAGUUGAAAUCGUACAUCUCCGAAGGAAGACAGAUCAUUCGUUCCAUCGAGGCCGAGACCUACGCUGACAACCCACCACUGUUCCGUGAAUAUGUGACUGCUCCCCCGGAUAUACGUCUGUUGAUGGACAACCAGUUCCGCAACGUCAAGACGCAUGCCAGAUUGCUCAGCAAGGCUAUGUGGUAUGAAUGGCGGAUGAAACUUCUUGAAGGGCUUAAAGAAGGGCUUGACCGUCACGUCGAGGAGAUGAAAGCAGACGAUGCGGCCCUGUCGAAGCAGGAAAAUAUCCUCAACAGCGUGGUCCCAGGGCUCGUGGAAAAGCACUCUGCUUUGGAAUCGGAGGCGACCAAGCUUCAGGAGAUCGUCGACGAGAUGCAAAACUGCGACCAAGAUGAGUUGCGCGCCGCGAGGGAGAGACUUGCCAAGGUAGAGGCUGAGAUCGCCGCGAAGAAGAAGCAGCUCCAGGAAAUGCAGGAAGACCUGCAAGACAAGAUCGAUACGAUCGAGGCUGGAGCAGAACUGAGAUCAGAGUUUAUGGGCCAGAUCCGGGAAGCAGAGCGCAUCAAGGAGGAAUGUCGCGGAUGGAGUGUCAAAGAAGUCAAUGCACUGAAGGCAUCUGUCCAAGCGUUGGAAGCGCAGUCUGGGUGGUCGAUUAUCUCGGCUGCAGAUUCAAAGCCUGAAUCUUCUGCGGGACCAUUGGUAACAAUGCGUUAUCGGGACGAGCUUCAGGUUGCCUUCCACCCGAAGGAUUUCAUGGCUCCUAGUUCGGAUGCCCAAUCUCCCCAGAAAAUGGAUUCGGACGUGGGCCCAACGUUUUUCGAUCUCACCUAUAGUCCCAAGAAGACAGCCACAUCUACAACAUCAGCGUCUUCGCUCACGCCGGCGAAGUCUCUUAUCCUCUCUUGUCUACGGAAAAGGAUUGCAACAAUUCCACGAUCCUCUACUUCUCUCAGGCAACUGCUACGCUUUAUUUCCGAGGCGUGGAACCUUGCUGUUACUUUGGAGGAAGAGAUGCGCAUGUUAGAAUUCAACGGUGUUACGAAAGUCACUCUGAUGGAGAAAGAAGGUGCUGAAUUGUCCUUGCGGGCGAGGUGCAUUCUCCUUGGCGAUAUGACUUCGGGAGAACAGCCGCGCAGAGUCGACGUAGACUUUAUUGUGACGCCCUGCGUAGUCGGCCAAAAGAACAAGAAAAACGCAGAAGGAGAAGCGAACGGAGAAAGGCUGGAAUUGGAUAUCGAUGUCGCGUUGAGCAAAGUCUACGGAUUUGGAAAUCAGAACGGGUCUGCGGGCGUAGGCCUCUCAGAGUCCCGCAUGCGCGACAUCAUCAUGCAGAACCCAGCGAUUGCUUCUCCGGGUAAGAAGAAGAUUUCAUCGAAAUUAGCAUCGGGAUCAGGUUUAGGACACGGCGUUUGGGGUCAGGCAGUGCGUGAUCUUGCCGGGAAGGUUUUUGCUUGA